CAGUAGAUGAACAAUCACAAAAUGAUAAGGAAGCAAUAUUAGAGAUAUUAUCAGAAGUAUUAGCUGUUAAUGAUUUUAUAGUUCAGCCCAAGCAACAUGUGCCUAUUUGUAAAAAAAAUGAUAACCUUUCUAAUAAUAAUACAUCUAAUUUCAAUUCAGUUAUAGAUUAG